GGAAGAUGUUCCACGUGCACCUGCGUCUCAUCUCCAGCCGAGCGACAUACUGCCGGUACCAGCGCUGGAUCAACAGAGCUGCUCUGAUUGCUGAAGAAGUAAAAGGAAACGUACAGGAGCGACCGCAGCCGUCACUCAUCGCCAGUCUGACCCGAAUCUGUAGACUGACCAUCCUGCUCUUCCAACAUGUCUUUUGCAUUCAUGAUGAUGAUGUUUCUGAGCUCCUCAGUGGCCAUGGCAUUUGUGCUGCAUCCAGCCAAGGAAGAACCUGCAGCUUCUGCUGUUUCCCAUCACAGGUGCCAGAGUGAUUCACUGCAGGCCGUCAGGAAGAAUCUCCUCGCUGGUCUCAACUUGCAGACUGAGCCACAGCUGCCUGCCGGUGUGCUGGAUAGUGUCAGGGAGCAGUGGAGCAAAAUGUUCAGCCCCGUUUCACACAGAGCCGCCACAAUUCCAGCAGCCGAUGGCUACUCUGUGUCACCUGACAGUAAGGACAGUGCGAGCCUGAAGUGCUGUUCCACGGCCUCAGAGAUCUUCAUGAAAGAUCUGGGCUGGGACAGCUGGGUGAUCCAUCCUCAGAGUCUCACCAUUGUUCAAUGUUCACUCUGCACCUCUGACAUGAACACUGUGCAGUGUCCACCAUCCCACUCCAACAUCCAGGAUGCCAACUCACAGGACCAGGUGCCGUGCUGUCAGCCCACCUCCCAGGAAAUGGUGAACAUCGUCUACAUGGACGAAUCCAGCGCCAUUGUCGUUUCCUCCGUGCAGCUGACUCGCAGCUGUGGCUGUGGACAUGGCAGCAUCCUGCAGCCAAACACAGAGUAGGCAGAGGCCGGUUUUACAGGCCUGAAUAUGUGACACGAGCUGUAUGCAUCAAAAAUGAUCAUCAUAUGCAGGCCUUUCUUCUAAUAUAACCACCUGUGUUGCUUUUGUAGAUCUGUCUUAGAUUCUUACUAUAUUCAGCACAGAUCAUGGGAACCAAAGUCUCCUUAAGAACUCACUUUUCAUUCCUGCUACUCUGUUGUAUCAAUACAGAUUUGUUGGUAAAACUGAUAUGACAAUAAUCACACGUUAUUUGCUCUCCAACUACAAUCUAAUUUCCCUAGGCACUAAGUGCUGGAAAUUACUGAGUGAAGUGCAGCUGAUACCAAUCUUUAAAUAAAUCUCCUGAGUGCCGACCACUAUUUAUGGCUGCUAUUUAUUGCUCCUUCCAAAAGUGUGAGACUGUCCAGAGCCAAAUCCUCUCACUCACCAGUUUUUGACAUGUAUAACAACUUGUCCUCUUAUGGAAAAGAAUUUGAUCUCAAUAGGCAAACUGCGGUCAUUGAACUGAGGUUGUAAAUUGUGUAACGGCUUGCUGUUUGGCGUGAAAAGUUUUUUGUGGGAAGAGCAAUGAAAGAAUUUUGUGGUCACCGGAUGAAUGCCCUGAAUCUAAAACCUUAGUAUCAGUUUCUCCUGGAUAUGAACAGCAUCUCUGCUGUGACUUUCUACUUGUUUCCACUGGUUCUGCUCUAAUUUGUUCUGUGUUUGAAUAUGAAACAUUUAUUUUUGAUUUACAUACGAUAAUCUGAGUGGUUUUCCAUGCAUUCAUAGCCAAAGAGUUCUCGUUUUUUCUUGUAUGUCUUAUAAUUGGUCACAGUUCUCAGUUGUGAACUUUUUAUUUUCUCAACACAUUUUUGUUUUUUUAAAUUUUUUAUAUUUACUCUCACUGAUAUUCUAAAGUUACCUCACCAUACACUGUUUCUAGUAUUUCUCACAAGUGCACUACAUUUUGAUCAAAUGCAAAAUGUUUUAAUGUGCUCAUGACACUGUUUAAUUAUUUGUACCAAUUCACUGAUUUCUUGCUCUCAAUUAUUUGAAUAAAAAUAAUUGAAAUAUA